CUUCGGGAACAAAAAGUGUUCCAUUGUGAAAUUUUAGUUUAAAGAAAUUUUUAGCAAUGAAUACUUCUAGAUUCAGUUGGCAGAUUUUGUUUUUCAUAGUCGCAAAUUUCUCCAUGACCGAUUCACAAGGUCUUAAGACUUGUCCGAGGGGAAAAUUUGGAGUUAAGUGUAGACAAACCUGUUACUGUGAUUGGACUGGAGCAAAGUUUUGUCACCAGAGAACGGGCCAAUGUAUAUGUCACACUGGAUUCCAAGGCUCAUUAUGCGAGGAAGAUAUUGAUGAAUGUCAUACAAAUGGAGCUACAGCAUGUCCGGCAAAAUUUACAGCCUGUGAAAAUACAUUUGGAUCCUACAAUUGCCGUUGCCAGAGAGGAUAUGAAAGAAAUCCACUAUCUUUGCAAUGUAAAUUGUGUCCAAACAGAAAUGGUGAAGGUUGUAAAAGAAGCGCUAGAUGCCAUUGUAUUUGGGAAAACACAUUGAGCUGUAAUUUAGCGACAGGUGAAUGUCUCUGUGAAGAUGGCUGGCAAGGCGAUCGUUGUGACGUGUCUAUUGAUGAUUGUAUUUGGAAACCUUGUGGCGGAAUGCUUUGUUUAGACCUGCACAGAACAUUUUCAUGUAUAUGUGGAGAAAACAAACGAUUCAUUAGAGGAAAAUGCAGAGUGGAAAUAGUUGAGAUGAUCAGCCCUAACCAGAAAUUAAACGUGGGAGAUAUGGCUCGAAUCUAUUUUCUGUUCAGCUUAGAUAUUAUCUAUCAGUGGAAUUACUUAGAGCAGCCCAACUUUGUUUACCUUUUAUCAGGUAAACCUGAUGUGGUGCAGGAAUUUGUGCCAUGUAGAGUAGACCUCCACCAACAAGCAAAACGAUUCCAGGGCAAUGAACAUUUCAUCACCAAUUUAAACAAAAAUGUUGAUUACCAUUUUUACAUUGAAAUCUUUAUACGUAUCUUAAGAGAAGGAGACGUAUUAGUAACGGCAAUACCGGAGAUUAAAGAAUACACAGAGUUAUCCCUACAAUUUGAAUCACGUUCCGACCCCCUCGUGUCCAAAUGUUUAGAGAACAUUACAUUAGUUAACAGAAGCGAUGACAUGAGACAUGCAGUGCCCUAUGAUCAAGGGAAGUUCAACACAUUUGAAGUACGUUUUACCAUCAAAGAUGACUGUAAUGAAAUUCCGACUAUUGAAUGGCGCUAUUUCACACUAUCAAAGAACAUUAUAAAUAAUCCCCAAAAUUGCAUGCUAGAGAAGGAUUUGUUUCUGAUAGAUAUACCUGCACGUAUUCUGGAAUCGUCCCAAUCCUCUAUAACAAACCAGGACGAAGAGAAAGACGUCAUACCGGCCAACGUGUUGCCCGCUGGACUGAUCUAUGUGUGUGUGCAGGUGUUUUUCAAAGUUACCAGUUUCAUGGACUGUACAUUCAUCGAUAUUAAACCAAACCCAAGAUUAACUGGUUUCUUUAAUCCACCCAUGACGUUUUUGGAAUGGCAUAACGAUAGACAUUUAACUGUAGUGGCUAACUUUCACAUUGUAGAUGCUGAUGCUAGGAGUUCUAUAGAGGUAGAUUUCGAAGUGAGUAACUCUACUGAAUGCUCUUCUUAUGUUGUGGAAGCCAAAUAUUUAAAAUAUUAUAGCGAAUUGAUGCCACAUGAUGCGAAAUGUGAAAUACAUAUAACUGUUCGUAUAAGAUAUCAUCCUGAGACGGAGAUCAAACAUAGUCUUGAAGUGAAUUUUGUGUCCACUGUUGACAGCCUCAAAACAAUAUUGAUUAGUGCUCGUUGUGGUUCUGGCUGUUUGCAGUCCGUGGGCACCAUGGAUAUGAUUGUGUACUAUUUUUAUCCUUAUUAUAACAACACUGAAAUAGAGAAACAUUCGAAACUAUGGAUAUUUUGGCAAAUCGAAGAAAAUGGAAAACAAUUGAGUUUUGAGAGGCUAAAAGAAAUUCUGUACAAUAAGAAAGGAAGUACAAGUUUGUCAACCAAACGAUCUUCACUUCUACCAGAUUCUGAGUAUAUUUUUACGGCUAUUUUACAAACAUACAUGUACAAAGGACCUGAACAUGGCUACUUAGUAGGUCGUAGCAGUCGGCUGGCUUUACGUGUAAGAACUAGAGGAGCACCUCGUGGUAAAGGCUGCUUCAUAUCACCUUCUACUGGUUUACCAAUAUCUACCAAUUUUAUUGUGAACUGUACCGAUUAUGAAGAUGAAGAGUAUCAUCAGGACCUAUUUUAUAGAUUGUAUCAAAGGGUUACUCUACCUAAUGGAGAACACGUGUAUACUAUUGUUGCCUACGGAAGUAGUUCUACAAUAGGGCCUGUCAGAUUGAGUCCGUCCAUGGAGAACGGCACGUUUACACGACAAGUAGAGCUUAAAGUAGAAAUUAUGAAUGUUGCCAGAUCUAUAACACUAGUGCCCAUUUCAUUCAAGUUUCAGUCACUUACAGAUGAAAUAAAUUUUAGGAAAUUUGUGAGAAAUCUUGACAAAUUUGAGAUAAAAAAUCAAGAGGAUUUAAGAACAGUCAAAGACAUAGCAACGAUUCUUAAUUUAGUAACUGACGUGCCUUAUGAUGCAAGGAUUGAGGCUCGUAAUAAGCUCUUACACAUCAUCACAGAUGUUCGGAUAAAAAACUUUGAAACUCUGGAAUUAGUUUCCUAUAUUUUAAUGAGCUUAUCUGAUAAAGAAAACGAGAUGCAAGAAGAUGGUCUGAAUAAUGGGGUCAAUGUCAUUGGUAAACUAACAAAGAUGUUAACUGACUUCGCUGAACAAAAUAUAGAGACGGCAGAGCAUAUCGCUAAAUUGCAAGCACUGGCGACUAGUCCAUUGGUUUCUAAAGCGUCUGAUCUGGGUAGUUCCAUUGAAACUCAAGACUUACCAUCAGAGAAAAAAGAUCUUAAAUUGAAAGAGAACUUAAGAAGAGGCAUAGGCAUCACAGACUCUGUGACUACAAUCUCAGAAAUAUUGAUGAAAACAUUAGCUAUUUCUCAGCAAUCUUUACAACUGAGUACAACUCACUUGGAUCUAAGUGUUGAGACUAAUGAAAUUAAUGAGACUUCCGAGAUCAAUCUUGGCUCCCCUGAUGUCAAUGCGUCUUUCUCUUUGCCUUCAAUGUCUCUCGGAGCAAGUGGAGAAAACAUUAUCUCAAAAUUGGAAAUUUACAAAAAAAAUCCAUUCUCCGGAGCCAGUUUAAGUCUUCACGGCAAUUUACCUUUAAUGAACAUCAAAUUUUAUGAGAAGCAACCUGACACUGUCAAGACUGUUCAAAGAAGUUUUCGGUUCAGUGAGCCAGCCGAUAUCUUCCUCGACCUUAAUAGUUCUAGCACAGUUCCAACAGAGUACAACCUUUUGUUACAAUUAUCGACGCAUCAGGGAGAGUAUUAUGUUACCCGAUCAGCUUGUUUGUUUAUGUCAAUACAAGUAUCCACCAAACAUGCGACAGUAUUUCAUAUAAAAUCAUUGGACAAUUUGGAAGUCUUGGUCAAAGCAAGAUAUACCAAUACAAUAAGUGCUUUUGAGAAACUUUUUGACGAGGAAAUGUUAUCUUUGCCAUUACAAUCACUGGAGUAUAUGAAUUCUUCCAUCGGUCCAAUCACGAGGGGGAAAAAUCUUAUUUUCCUACCUCUCCUUCAAAAAUUCCAAGUGCGGAGAUACAUCAAAUAUUAUAGAGUUAUAAUCCGAUGUCGUCUGCACCAGCGGAUAAGAGAGCCUAUUAGGAUGUCAAACAACACGUCAUUUUACAAUACCACCAUCAUGGUCACGCCUUACCAAAUGUCCUGCUUACAUUUUGAUAAAAAGACUCGAACGUUCCUAACAGAUAAGUGUAUGCUAACAAAGUUCUCCAGUUUGGAAAAGCUACACUGUCAAUGUGUUACAGCGGCUGCCUUUACUGGUAGCUACUUAGUGCUACCCAGACUCAUCAAUCCUCUCUCCGCAGGUUUAUUCUUAAAAAUAUUUGAGAAUCCCUUAGUGGUAACAAUGGUCAUUGCGUUGUGGAUGAUUGCAUUAGCCGCCUUUCUGUACGGACGACGGAAAGAUAAAGAGGACAAGAUCAAGAGAGUUGUCACGGUGUUGGAAGACAACAGAGAGGACCACACCUUUGUCUACCUACUUUGUGUAGUGACUGGCUGGUUCGCCAGAGCCUCCACCACAUCCAAUAUUUUCUUUACUGUUAAAGGAUCUUGGGACAAAAGUGAAUCUCAUCUGCUAAGUGAUCCAAACAAACGACUUUUUCAGUCAGGGGAAGAAAACUGGUUUUUGUUGACAACUAAAGAUGAUCUCGGAGACAUAGAAUCGAUUGAGGUUUGGAUAGAUUUCUCUGGCGGUCAUCCUUCAUGGUACCUGAAAUGCAUCUACAUACAAAAUAUGGUAACUGAUGAGUCCUGGGUGUGUACUUAUGACAACUGGUUCAGCUGUGAAUUGGGGGAAAGAAAACUGAGAGCUGACAUUCCAGCUAUCAAAGAAAAGGAUUUUACUAGUCAACAAAGAUUACAGUUUGUAUCGCGUAGCAAACAUGACAUGCGCAAUGAGCAUCUUUGGAUAGGAAUGAUAGCCAAAACCUGCAAUAACAGAUUUACUCGUGUACGACGCAUCGUAACUGGCGUAACCAUGUUACAGACGCUUAUGAUAACCAAUCUCAUGUUUUUUGGCCUACAAGACGUGGAUGACGCCCGACAAUUUACCACUAUCCUCGGCUUCACGAUACAUCUCACAAGAAUCCUCAUUAUGAUCCAAACGUCUGUGAUAUUUACCACCAUUGGUGUAAUAGUGGCGUUUUUGUUCAAUAGAGCUGCUCCUAAACCUUCCAAAGAAAUUGAGGAUGAAUUAACAGAAGAAGAAAAGGAACUUGUUCAAACAAAUAUCGAAAGAAUUGUAUUUAAUACAGCCCACCCUGUCAAUAUUGAGAGAAAACACUCUGAACAUAACAAAACCCAACAAUUAAGAAACACAUCCCUCUUUGGUAUGUGGUUUGGAAGUAAUGAAUCGAGCCUAAGAGAGAAGACCACAUCACAGAGCACUCUACACCUAGAUGAGUCACCAAAAAAUAUUUUUCUGGAUAUCGAGGCAGCAGAAUCAGAAAUUGAGCAAUCUCACAUUGACCUAUUGAACUGCUUCCAGCUUCCCUGGUGGUUCAUCUAUAUCACUUGGAUUUUAUUGACUUUGUACAACGUAUUUCUGGCCUAUUAUAUCAUGCUAUAUGGGCUGAGUCUGGGAUAUGAAAAAAGUGUGGAUUGGACUAUCGGAUUUUUAACUAGCGUUCUCACGGACGUCAUAAUAUUUCAACCAGUUAAAGUCGUGCUUAUUGCAUUCAUAGUCAUUCUAGUACUCAAACAGAAAUACAGUUUACGAGACCAGGCUCCCAUUGCUAAACACAAAGAAUGUUUGGAACUGCUGUUUCAUAGUCAAACAAUAAGAAAGAAAAUCGGUCUCAAGAGAACCAAUGUUGUGUAUCAAAUCCCUUUGAAUGCUACAGAUUUUAAAGAAGUUCUAGAAAGACUUAAAGUGGAAAGUUUGGCAAGAGAAAUGAUGAGGGAUUUUGUCUUAUACAUCAUUUUUAUGUUUUGUAUUCUUCUGGUUGUGUAUGGAAAUUUGGAUGUGUUUACCAGAUACCAACAAAUACAGUAUACCCAAAAUGUCUAUCUGGGCAUUCGAGAGUCACGUGGUGAAAAUGAUGAGGGAGUAAAUUUCUUGGCUGAUAUUAAAGAGCAUUCACAAAUAUGGGACUAUCUAAAGGAAGUUUUAUUAGUCAGAAUUGCACCAAAUGAAAAGGGAAAUAACCUACCUGAGUCUUCCUAUCUCUUGGGCCCGGCGAGAUUUCGACAGGCCAGAGUUGUUCCUGAUUCUGGUGUGUGCAACGAUCUGCCUGAAACCAUACGAACUAUUUAUAAUACCGAGUUCUGUAUAUAUUCAAUGGACUAUGGAAAGGAGGAGACGAGAAGUUAUGUUCACACUUGGGAGACAUUAUAUGAAGGCGAUGCUGAAGAUUUGGAAGAAUCCUCUUAUGUAUACAAGUCAGCAGAGCAGCUUAGGACUGCAUCUUUUACAGGACAGCAUGGCACAUACUCUGGUGGUGGUUUUGUUGUCAAUAUGUCAAGAGAAGAUCUCAAACUUGCUCAACAAACUUUACAAAACAUUCAAGACUCUGAUUGGUUAGAUCAACAUACAAGGUGUAUUUUUGUGGAGUUUACUUUAUAUAACCCAAGUUCAGAUCUCUUUACAAACGUUAUUUUGGCCUUUGAGUUUGAUGUGACUGGUGGGAUAUUUCCGUAUUACUCAGUGUCUGCUGCUCGUUUCUACCUGACUAAUGCAAGAAAAGACAAUUGGCUACAGAUAGCAGAGGGCAUCACUGCCAUUUGUGCUGUGUUCUAUACUGUGCUUGAAGUAUACAUCGCCAUAGACAAAGGAAUAACUAACUACUUAACAAACUUUUGGAAUUGUUUAGAGGUGUUUGUAUUGUUACUAAGCUAUAUUGUUGGAAUACUAUACCUGGCCCGGCAGGUGGCCUACCUUCAAGCCAUUGAUACUUUCAACUUGUUUGGUCAUGCGCGUUUCAUUGAUUUCCAAACUGUCUUCUACAGGACCUUUUUAUUUAAUACGAGCAUUAGUGCAUUAGGUGCUUUGGCAAUCUUCAAAAUGUUGAAAGUCUUGACGUUCAAUCCUUUCUUGGUCACAUACACUAAGACGAUGGAAACUAUUCAAUCAGGAUUUAUAGCGUUCACAGGCAUUUCUGCAAUAUAUUUGCUUGCUUUCGCUUUUAGUGGAAUGCUUAUUUUUGGACCCUAUGUUUUUGGGUAUAUGUCUUUAGACCGUGCAUUAUUCAAUUUGCUAUUUUUCAUUUUAGGAGAAGCUGAUUAUGACAACAUAAUAGCAGACAAUAUAGUUCUCGGUCCUACUUAUUUUCUUAUAGUGAUGUUAGUCACUCAAUACAUUAUUAUGAAUUUCUAUGUUGCUAUAUUAAGGGAGGGUCUGGAGCUGGCAAGAUAUAUGAGCUUUGAAAAAGAAAAUGCUACAAUAAAAUAUAUGUUUAGAGUUUUACUGUUAUCUCUUGGUAUGGCUCCACAAAAUAUAAGAAGAGCACUUUCGGAUUUCCUAUGAAUGUUAUCUUUCUUUGUUCAAAAUUAAAUAAAUAAUCUUUC